AUAAUGAUUAUUAAACAGCGCAGUCGACUCCAGUGAACCGUAGGACUCGAACGUAUUGUUACAAACCCGUGUAAUUUGCUGUUGGCAUUUAAAACAGAUGACGUCAAUUAAAAUUUUAUUCAAAUAAAAUUGGUAUAAGAGAAAUCUACUAAACGUUAGAUGGCAGCUCCUCUGUCGGUUUCCCAUAAAGGAUCCUUACAAAACUUGCAGAGUCCUCUCGCUUUGAUUAUGGCACUAAAUACGGACAGGCGUCAGAUAAGUUUUCCUCAAUUGAAAUAUCCACCGUUUCGUGACGACGAACUGAAAUCUACUAUCAGAUGGAUAAAAGGAAAACAAAUUCUGGAUGGAGCCGAGGGCUUGUGGAGAAUCCAUGACGGAUUGUACGAUCUCACGGAAUUUAUACCCAGCCAUCCCGGAGGAGCUCAAUGGAUUCAAUUUACUAAGGGUACAGAUAUCACGGAGCAGUUCGAAACGCAUCACCUUAAAGGAAUCGCCGAAUCACUAUUACCGAAAUACUUUGUUAGAAAAACGACAGCACACAGAAACCAACCCUUCACAUUCCAUGAAGACGGAUUUUAUAAGACAUUAAAAGUUAAAAUUAUCGAAAAACUACAAGAAAUUCCGCCUGACCUCAGAAAAAAGAGUGACUAUGUAAGUGACUCUUUGCUGAUUGCGUUUUUGAUUGUAACUCCAUUGUGCAGCUGGGCUUGGACACAAAAUGCUAUAAUUGGAGCAGCUCUGACAAUCCUAGAUGCCUACAUACUAACUAGUUUGACGAUUUGCGCUCAUAAUUAUUUCCAUCGUGCAGACAAUUGGCGGAUGUAUUUAUUUAAUAUUUCAGGACUUUCCUAUGCGGAUUGGCGUAUCUCUCAUUCAAUGUCACAUCACAUUUACACAAAUACUGUUUACGACGUAGAGAUUAGUAUGGCGGAGCCCUUCCUUCAAUAUCUUCCUCGCCGAGACAAAUCUAUUUGGGCCCAAAUGGCAGCGUUUUACUGGCCCAUUAUACAUUCAUUUUCUAUCAUAGGAAUGGCAGUAAGCAUGUAUUUGUCAGCCUUGCAGAAUCCAAAGGAAUCGACAUUGGAAUGGUCGAAUCUUUUAGUGUUAUUUGGUCCUGUAUGGAUGUAUUUUCUUGGUGGGCUCUCUUUGGCUUGGACCUUAGCGCUUUGGUUUGUAAUGACGUUAUUAACAAGCUUACAAUUCGUUAUGUUUGGACUAACUGCUGGACAUCAUUCGCAUCUGAACUUCUUUGAGGGAGAUACACCAAGAUCAGAAUCAAUCGAUUGGGGCAUACACCAAUUAGACACGGUUGUUGAGAGAAUCGAUACUCCUCACGAUCAUUUCAAAUCGCUAACCAGAUUCGGGGAUCACGCGUUGCACCAUCUCUUCCCCACAUUGGAUCACGCGGAAUUGAAGUACCUAUAUCCAAUAUUAAUCCAGCACUGCGAGAAAUUUGAAAGUAAACUUCGGGUCACGAACUUUUAUAGUUCUUUGAUAAGUCACUGUAAACAAUUGAUAAGAAAGAAACCGAAUGAUUUUCGGGGUUCUUACCUUAGGCUUAGCCGUGAUAUUAGUUUACGUAAAUUAGGCUUCUAAUUAUUUCUUUGCAAUUAUAGUUUAAUCUUGUGUUGUUGUUAAGUACUUAAAUGGCGUUUUGGUGUAAUUUUGUCUUUAUAUAUUUCUUAUUCGGGAUGUAUUUGUUAUUUUAAGUUUUGGUCUUAGAGUGUAAUUACUUGUUCUUAUCUCGUAUACUUAUUUCCAAUACACAUAACACAGGUGACAUUAAGCGGAGUUAAAUAUAGCAGUGUUAUUAAACUUCAUUUUUAUAAUAAUAGCUGACACGUAGUUUCCCUCACGUUAAUGUAGAAAAAACACCAUUUGGAUUAGUACUUUUAGUUGUUGAUAUGA